UCAGGAGUGUAACGCGAUCCACUCCUUUGUUCCAGCUAGUCCCUCAGUUGGUUCGUCAACCUGACCAGUCCCUGUGACCACUUGUCCAACGUGGACGUUUGUGGAAGUAAAAAGUCUAAAUGCGCAAUCAACAUCUCGAAUUUCUCAAAAAGCUGUCUAUUGGUGCGUAACACCCUGUACGCGAAGGGAGUGAGGCUCACCAGCAAUGCUCGAUUAUCAUGAAGACGAGUGUCCGUGGUAUUAUUUCGACAGUUCCUACAAAACAUUGUUGGGCGCUUGUCUCUUUCUUUUUGGUGUGUUUGGGGUGCUGCUCAAUGGAUGGCUUUUUGCCACUUUUAUCCACAGUCACCUACUAGAAUUCAAGAGUCAUAUAUUGGUACUUAAUCUAUGCACGGCGUCACUUGGCAGAAAUUUGCUUGGAUUUCCUUUUGCUGGAUCAUCAGCAGUAGCACGACGAUGGCUAUUUGGUCCUGCAUGCUGCCAAAUGUUUGCCUUUUUCAAUCAAUUCUUUGGUGUCUUUCAAAUGACUGCACUUUUCGUAAUCGUUUUGGAGAGAUAUUUGCUAGCUAGAUAUUUUAGAAGAGAAAAGUCCCUGUACCUUCGACUAUACUGGUCCCUUGUUGGAAUAAGUUGGAUAAACUCUGUGAUAUUCGCAACACCACCGCUUUUUGGAUAUGGAUUGUACUCUUGUGAUACAACCGGGACAUCCUGCACUUUCCUUUGGCCAUCGCAACUUUCUGGAGCUAAACAUUUAGGAUUUACAGUGCCUUACAUACUCAUAUGUGGAGUGAUACCUGUAAUUGCAAUGUUCUCCUAUAUGGGAAAAGCGGUUCGAUUGGAAAAAAUAUUUUAUAAAGGUGAAGAACAAAAAGAACAGAAGAGCUUAACACAGAGCGUCCAUGCAGUGUGCAUCGCGACUUUAGCUUUGUGGAUUCCAGCUGCCAUUCAAGCGGGGUGGCAGUGGGUGCCUUUACUUGCAUACGGAUAUAGACCUCAUGUGCCAGCUGCGCUUGCUUUGAUCGCCUCUAUAGCCUCCGAGGCGGCGACCAGCGUUCCUGUGCUAUGUUACCUUGCUGGAGACGAGAGACUACGGGCUGCAUUAUUAGGACGCAUGCGCAAGCAGUACGCUUUGCUGCACCCAGAACGUGCGAAGAGAUACAAUCGUAUUUAAUCUUUAUUCUUCGAAGAAAACGGAUACAACGUAAAAAUGUUCUGCGAUGAAGGAAAAAGACUUUUCGGUGGCUUUUGCUUGAGUUUUGUGUAAAGUUUAUUAAGUUUCGACUGUAAUCAACGAUAUUAUAAAAUUCUAAAAUGUAUAAUAAACAUAUUUUGUUCUA